AGUGCAUGCCUGACAUCGUACAACGUUCGCUUACAUUUUCGAACGUCGGAAAAGUUUUAAGCUUAAAAAAAACUAUAAAAGUAAUGUAGUGGUUUAUUUUUUAGUGCAAGAUCUAAAUAUGUAAAACCUAUUUUUACUGUGAAAGUUGACGAAAAAGUUUUUAUUGUGCGUUAAAUGAAAAUUAAUUUUGUUAAUUUUGUAUUAGAGAAAUUUUCUGAUCUCUUGCCAGCUACUGGAAACGAAAAUUUACUUGCAAGAAAUAACACGCAAUAAAGAGAGAAGCAAUUUAUAUGUUGAUGUGAAAACAUUACGAUGCAUGACGUCACGUAUUAAGAUGGUGUGAAUACUACAGAAGAUUGGACAUAAACAGCGUAAAGAUUUGAGAAUGAAUAAUUGAUAAAAUAACAUCAAAAUGACAAUCAAAAUGUCAAUAUUAACAUUCACGAUUAUUUUUAUUUGUAAUAUAUGUCUAAGUGCUCAGAGUAGUGCAGUAGUAAGCAAAAGAUUUAAAAACGAAACAUUGUUUAAUGAUAUAGAUAGCGUUAUGAAUACAAAAUAUAUUGAAGAUAGUAGCCAUGACGAAAAUUUGGACAAUUAUGCUUACACGAAUAUUAAAAGAAAUUAUAUGAGGCAUAAAAGAAAUGUUAAUGCAAGUACAGAGGAAACUAUGAAUAAUAACAAAAGUGAAAAUAUAACCCAAUCGAUUAAUAAAGGAAGUUCAAAAUUAGAUUUGAACGAUAAAGACAAGAUGGUUGCUAAUAGAUCUGAUACAAAUGAAGAUAUAACAACUACCGAAUACUUUGAAGCAAACUUCACGGAAGAACCUUGUGUUGGUGAUCCUGAAUUUUGUAAUAUGUCAAGAGAAGCGUAUUUGGAAAUGUUAAACGAUUAUAUUUAUCCACAACCAUCAGAAUGGGUUCUCAUAGCAACGCAUGCAAUUGUCUUCGUGAUAGGAUUGAUUGGGAAUGCGUUGGUUUGCAUAGCAGUUUACAGGAAUCAUUCUAUGAGAACUGUUACCAACUAUUUUAUAGUUAACCUGGCGGUAGCUGAUUUUAUGGUUAUCUUGAUAUGUUUGCCUCCAACCGUGGUGUACGUUACAAAGACGUGGUUCUUCGGAACAGCAAUGUGCAGGAUUGUACUAUAUUUUCAGUCUGUAUCAGUGACGGUAUCAGUGCUGACUCUGACGUUCAUCUCAGUGGACCGGUGGUACGCCAUCUGCUUUCCUCUCAAGUUUAAAUCCACCACAAGCCGUGCGAAGACCGCUAUACUUAUCAUCUGGGUGCUGUCUUUACUCUUCAAUGUUCCUGAAUUCGUUGUCCUCCAAGUACAGAAGAAUAUGGAGUUACGCUUCGACGCACAGUACUUCAUGCAGUGUACGCCUACGUGGUCAGACGAAAGUGAUCUUAAUUGGCAUAUCAUAAAGGCGCUUUUCCUUUACACGUUCCCACUUCUUCUGAUGAUGAUAGCGUACUGCCAGAUCGUGAGAGUUCUGUGGAGAUCGGACAACAUUCCUGGUCACACUGAAUCUCAUAAGCUGUGCCCAGCUAGCGGACAAAACAAUUGGUUGGCAGCCAACAGACGAACCACUCCAUCGAUCCACGCCAACGCCUCCACCGAGGGGCAGCUCCGCUCCCGACGUAAGGCCGCCAAGAUGCUUGUGGCUGUGGUGAUCAUGUUCGCAGUCUGUUAUUUCCCAGUUCACCUGCUUUCUGUUCUGAGGGUCGCCUAUGAAGUCCAGCAGUCUGAAGUAAUGACCUGCAUAGCUUUGAUCUCUCACGUGAUGUGCUACGCGAACUCUGCCGUAAACCCCCUUAUCUACAACUUCAUGAGUGGAAAAUUCCGACGAGAAUUCCACAGAUCAUACUUCAAGUGUUUCUGCUGUUGCCACACAUCACCAGCACCAGAACAGAACGGUACGUCCUUCGCACCGAUAGGUAGCUCACGAGCUGGAACAACCAGGACUGUUGUCAGACGGAACGACUCUUGCGUCAGUUACAGAUUGACCCACCUCUCUCCCUCUAACCACAACAGCAUAAAUCGGGACAUCGGAAGGAAUACGAACACGUCAUUCAUAGAACACUUGAAUGGAAAUCGGAGACUUAAAGCUCGUGAUGACUCUAUAAGCGAAUCCGCUCGGUUCACCCUGACCACAGAUAUCAGGGAUUGACAUAUAGGCAGAGAUCUUUUCGUUUACACAGAUAGGAACCGCGACAUCGGCUACAUAGCCAGAAGCACAAACAGCAUUGAUUGUAAACCUUAUUACGACUGUUUCAAAGGUCAAGAGCCGAGUGGAUGCAACGCCAAGGUUUCCGAGAAAAUUGAAAUCGAAAGACACAGUGACACAUACGCUGAUUACCGUGAAUGUGAUAACGAAUUAAGAGAACUUUACACUGUUGACGAAACGAAAAACGGGUUCAAAUUUAAAUUUAAUCGUAGCUUAAAUAGUCAGAUUCCAAAUAAGAGGAAAGUUAAUAUGGUAUUUUAAAAUGUAUCGAGUUUUUGUAUGACAAGUUUGAGCGGUGUAAAUACUUCAAAUUUAAAAAUUUAAUCAGCAUUUUAUUGCAUAUCGUAAUAUGUCAUAAGAUAAUAGUAAUCUUGUUUAGAUUGAAGCGCUUUUAAAAAUAAUGUUCUUCAUGACGUCAUGAAACAUUAAAUCUUUAUACAUAAAUGUAGGUGAACGUUAGUAUUUUGAAUUCGUGAGCCAUACAAUAUGUAUAAUAAAUUAA